AGUUCUAUUGGAUACACACCGUGUGUGUCUGUAGCAGAAAAAGGGCAACUUUCAAGCUCAGAUGUGCAAACAGCUUUAAAGGACUAAACAAUCUCUUGGCAGAGGCAUCAAGCAAAAAUCUGAAACUGCAAACCAGGGCUGUUACCCAAGGACUUCAUCAGAAGUGACAGAAACCUGCAAUAAGACAGGAACCCCUGUUCUAUAAUGCCAUCUAUCCAGCUGCCACUGCUGCUCCUCUGCCUGACCUUGUAUGGUGUUUGCCUCAACGAGGGGCAGCCCCUUCCAGAGGGAAGUGAGAACAUGGGAAGAAGUCCCCUGGAUGACAUCCUGCAGAGAUCUGAAAGCCUCCUUCUUCAGUCUGUCCUCAAGAAAGCUGAAAAGGAAGAAGAGAUGAAUAAAGAAUCAAAUGCCCCUCUGCCAGAAUGGUUUUCCAAAAGACAACACCCUGGGAAAAAGUACUUAAGUGACCUGCAGAAGAGACAGCAUCCUGGAAAAAGAGAUGUUGAGGAAGAUACAUCUUAUGGAGACAUUUUGAAGAGGCAGCAUCCAGGGAAAAGAGAGAUAGAAGACGACUUUGACGGCUAUCUGGAGCUGAAAAAGCGACAACAUCCUGGCAGAAGGUCAUUGUUGGAUCAGUAUGCUGACAUGCCGAGUACACAGCUAACCUACUUGAAUGAGCUAUCCAAAAGACAGCAUCCAGGCAGAAGGUAUCUGAUGUACAAGCGCCAGCAUCCUAACAAAAGAGGCUGGAAUGAUGAGGUAGACCUAAAUGACCAAUAUGGUGAGAAACACCAGCACCCUGGAAAAAGGCACCGGAAUUCUGACAGCCCAGAUGAUGCAGGCCCCUCCAACUUUCAGGAGUCCUUCACCUGUAACAAAGGCAGCUUGUUGCUUGGUUUAGUAGAAAAUGUCAGCAAAGACAGGGUAGAAAAAAAACGUCAGCACCCAGGAAAGAGAUCAGCAUGGGAGAGUGAAACAGAGGAAUGAGAAAAUAAUUGUGUAUCAUUUGCAUUUGGUGAAGUAAACUGCCAGAUCACUAAAAAAAUCUGUUCAUUCCCUUUUGGCUUCCUGCUGCUGACCUCUGCACCUAUCUGCAUUAGUGUUCUCAUUUAAGUUAAUGGCUUUGUCACACACUUAAAGUAAAGGACCUAAAUGACCCAGGUGAAUGUGACCGGCAAGUACUACAGUCUUCAGCUCCCCCACUUUAUAAAGUUAACAGUGCUCAUUUCCUUAUGGGCCGAGACCCCAGAAUAAUCCCACUACGUGUAUAAAUUUUCUGUUCCCAAAUGACUACAACAGGCUCUUAAAUGUCUGUUCUGAGGCUACUAAAGUAGAGUAACUAUAUGGUUUCCUCUCACGUCAGUGAAAUCAGUAAAUAGAGAAGGAGAAAAAAGAACAAUAUAUGCCAAUUAUUUCAAAAUGAAUUGAAUAGGUUUUCACUUCUAAAUGAUAUAUUAAUGAGACCUGAACCCUUGUGCUCUACAGUCUGUCCAGACAUAAGCACUGAACAGAUAGGAACUGUUCCAGCUGGAACAGAUUAGAUGACUGACUUCAUAGUUUGACUUGGAACUGGCAUAUAAAACCCCUUUUCAUCUAAGAGGCUGCACAGUGCAAAGGGUUAAUGCAUCCCAGAGCAUCUCAACCCCAAGUUGAGAACCUAACUGUGUACACCUCAUACUA